AUGUCAGGUCAAAUGGGUCAAUGGUUGCUUGCUGAAACUAGAGGGUUUUGGCAGAAUGGCGUACAUGAAACUGCCGAAACUAGUUUUGCGAAAUCAUUAAGAAAUGCCGAAACUGCAAAACUUAUUAAAAUUGCGAAAUUGCCAGUGAAGCAUGCGAUUUCCAGCUUUUUCUUGAAGGAAAUAUGUGAUUUCCAGCUUUCUCUUGAAGUGGAAUAUGUGGCAAAUUUCUGGCUUUCUCUUGAAGCAGAAUAUGCGAAUUUUCAACUUUCUCUUGAAAUUAUUGAAGAAAAUGCUAGGUAUGAUGCUGAGAAUACUGAAUACAAGAUUAGAAUCAAGGAAUUGGAGAAACAUAAUGCAAAUAUUUUAGCUGAGAAUGUUGAGCUUAAAGCUGAAUUAGCCAAAUUAAAAUAUGAUUUUGAUUUAUCCAACUUCAUAAAAUCUCAGCAAGCUUAA